UCUCUCCCACUCUGCUGGUGUGCGCACGCUCACAUAUGCCACUACUACCACUCUUUGGCACGCUGGAUCCAAGUAAGACAGCCACUAGUCCUCUCUCUACUCCUAAAACACACACACACACGCACACACACACGCGCGCACACACACACACACAUGCACACACAUACACACACACACACACACACACACACACACACACACACAUAGGCACACAUGCAUGCAUACAUUAGUCCAAUCUCACAUGCAGAGACACUUUUUGCACACAUUCCCUGAUAGGAGAAUCACUAAAUCACCAGGAGCUCUAUCUGGAUUUUUGCCGCGGACGCACAGAGAGGCAGAGAGAGACGCAGACAGAGAGGCAGAGAGAGACGCAGACAGAGAGGCAGAGAGAGACGCAGACAGAGAGGCAGAUAGGCAAACAGACACUCUUUCAGCUCCUCUCUAUCAGCUGCAUAGUACAGUCAUUUUGAGGCCAAGAUCCAUGACCUGAGGGAACAGAUGAUGACCAGCAGCGUCAGCUCCAGCUCCACGUCGCUGCGCUCCACCCAGAAGCGCACGCUCUACGUCAGGGCGCUGUUCGACUACGACGGCAGCCCCGCCGACCUCGGCGCCCCCGCCCAGGCGCUGGCGUUCCGCUUCGGGGACAUCCUGCACCUGAGCAGCGCCGGGGACGAGGAGUGGUGGCCCGCCCGCCACCUCAGCCCCCCGCCCCCGCAGCGGCCCGAGGUGGGCGUGGUGCCCAGCCGCCGGAGGGCCGAGAAGAAGGAGCGAUCGAGGCUGAAGACCGUUCGGGUGAGCCGGUCCCAGGAGCGGGCUGACCUGGAUGAUAGAGACCUGGUGACCUCUGGCACCAGCGAUAGUGAAAGUAGCUCCCCUGGCCAGGAGGAAAUCCUUCUGACCUACCAGCCCGUCACACAGCAGGAAGUGAGCUACACACGGCCCGUCAUCGUGCUGGGGCCAAUGAAAGAUCGGGUCAACGAUGACCUCAUCUCGGAGUUCCCAGAGAAAUUCGGAUCCUGCGUCCCACACACGACUCGACCGCGCCGGGACUACGAGGUGGACGGCCGGGACUACCACUUCAUGGCCUCACGGGAGAGCAUGGAGGCGGAGAUCCAGGAACACAAGUUCAUCGAGGCGGGCCAGUACAACGGCCAUCUGUACGGCACCAGCAUCCAGUCGGUGCGGGAGGUGGCCGAGAAGGGUAAACACUGCAUCCUGGACGUCUCAGGGAACGCUAUAAAGCGUCUGCAGCUGGCCGGCCUCUACCCAAUCGCCGUGUUCAUCCGACCCGGCGGCAUGGACAACAUCAUGGAGAUGAACAAGAGGCUAAGCGAAGAGCAGGGGAGGAAGAGCUACGACCGAGCGCUGAAGCUAGAGCUGGAGUUCACAGAGUUCUUCACCGCGGUCGUCCAGGGCGCCACCUUAGAGGAGGUGUACUCACAGGUGAAGCACGUCGUUGAGGAGCAGUCCGGACCCUACAUCUGGGUCCCUACCAAGGAGCGCCUGUGAACACACACAAACACACACACACACACACACACACGCUCCACACAUCUACACACGUCGACUUUACAUCACAGACUCAUCCAACGGACUGACAGUGGACUUCUUUGCCUUUGGUGGUUGAGCCUGCUCAGAGCACCCUCAAACCCCCCCCGGUCCUGUUGACGCGACGCGGGACCGACUGCAGCGGCGGAACCUCUUCCCCGGGUCGGCGACGAGGUCAUCGAUCACAUGCAGCCGCACGUGCAGACCGGUCCAAUCGGCCGCCCAGGAAUUGGGAUUACACAAAAGCAGACGCACACAUACAAACACACAAAAUACAACCGUUAGAACCAACACUAUCCGCCACUUUCACCUUUCUAUCCAUUUUAUAAUAUCAGCCUUUUAUCUCUCAUCCUCCCUUCGCCUCACUCUCUCUCUCUCUCCCUGUUCUCAAAUACACACUCAUGAACACAAUCAUUCACACACACAAUACUCAUUCACAAAUACUAAUACAUACUGACGUAAGUAUGUACAAUUGGACAAGGCUGAAACUGAAUCUUUUGGCUCAACUUUAUGAAGUGGGAGGAGCUAAUGUCUGUCCAGCAGCCAAUCGUUGGAUCUCUUCGCAGCUCAGUUCCUUAAUGUUUAAGGAAGUGGUUUUGAAUCGAGGAGACGCGUUCCAUUAUCUGAUUUUAAUUUUCUUUAUCGCUAUUCUCGCUGUUGUUGUUGUUGUUGUUUGUUUAUUGACGAAGGGUAAUGCAUUCAUGUAUGGGUUUGUUAAUGAUAAUAAUAUUGUCACCAAAAGGCAGACUUUUGCACGCUGUAGCUAUACAGAGCAUGUUUUAUGGGACAAACUCUUUAUUUCUCUCUCUUCACUCUUUAUUCUCUCUCUCUCUCUCUCUCUCUCUCUCUCUCUCUCUCCACAUCUGUCGUUACUUGUUGCAUAGCUCCUGCCUCCUCUCUGCCCCUUCCUCUCUUCUUUUAUUGUUCCCUCUCUUUUCUCUCUCUAUCUGACUCUCUAUCUUCUCCUCUCUCAUAUAAACAUCCCCCUUCUUCGUCCUUUUGUUGGGCCAUAGAUAUAAAAAGCAAGCAACAACAGUGCCCAGCAGAGUUUUAAAAAACAUAAUCAAUAGUACUGUAAGAACUGUCAUUUCCUCAUCAUGUCGUGCACGCAAAAAGAAUCGCUCGCCAAGGAAGGCUUUGUUUGUGUCCAGGCGAUGCACGCCUCUCAACCGCCAUGAGUCACAACCUAGAGCUUUGAAAUAAAAAAGACACUGUACUCUAGUCCUCCAUCUACAGUAUGUGACCCUGGCGCAGGUGUAGCCUCCUCGGUCUGCUCUGCUACACCCCUGUACCCUGCACACCGUCGGUUUUCAUUGGCCAUACCCCCUGAGUGUGGCACCACCUUCAAGACUCUUUCACAAGACACAAUGUAUCAUCAUCAUCAUCACCAUCGUCAUCAUCAUAAUCAUCAUCAUCCUACUGACCGAUAGGUUGUGGUUUAUGUUUUGUCUUGUUGUUCCCCUUCCAACUAUAGCUGUGAGCGUGUUCCCUCAAAUUAUAAAGGCGUCCAUCACAGAUGUGUACCCCCCCCCCCCCCCCCCUCCCUUCUGGAGUGCAUGUCUAGUACCCAGUCGUCAUCCCAGCCUCUCCUCUAGGCACACUGUCCUUAAGGCUGCACCAUCGUCUGUCCAUUCAGCACUUGGUGUUGGUAUCUGAGGGCUUCUUCUGAAAAACCUAGAAUAAAGAUCAUUUAUUCGUC